GCAUAUCAUAGUUUUCAUACCGCCAGCGAGAAGCUCUUUCCAAUUGAGUCAUAAAACGAUCGCCUAUCCACACGGGGGAUUUACUGUUGCAAUAUCGCAGUGUGUGGGGAUUUUUAACCAUCAGUGAUAAUGCAUGUUUUAAACAAACGGAAAUUUAUUGAAGGAAACUCAAAUUUAUAUAUUUUUUAGAGGAAUUCAUGCUUAACUUUUCACUAUUAUUCUUUCCUGUGGCAGCACAACAUUGGUUUCAUUGUAACAACUUUACAGUGUUUGAAGAUUUAACUAUGGACAAUGUAACCCAGAUUUACGCCAAUGCUUCUGGAGUAAGGUUUGAAAGCUUAGAAGAGAUCAACCGGUCAAUAGCAGUACAGCGCCUUCCAACUGUCAUCUUUUUAAUAAUUUUGAUAAUUAUUGGAACAAUUGGAAACACAUUUGUGCUUGUCAUAUAUUCUCUGAAGUAUCCACCCUCAACAUUCCGACUUUACAUCCUGACAUUAGCGGUGCUAGACUUGCUCUCCUGCUUAAUUCCAAUGCCACUAGAAGUCUUCGACAAUGUAUAUCCGGUGAUGUUUUACAACGAGCCAAUCUGUAAAUAUGGCCGUUUUUUAGGCAGUGUCCUUAAGAUUGGAUCUGCGUUUGUCCUUGUUGUAAUAGCUGCGGGUAGAUAUAAAAGGAUCUGUCACCCAUUCUCAAAGGCCACCAGCUUGUUGCAGGCCCGUCUUUGCUGUGCAUCAGCCAUAGUUCUUGCUAUCGCGUUUUCGUGGCCAAAUGCAAUUCUUCAAGGAAUUAAACGAGUGUAUCUUCCAGGUAAUAUUACAGGUUUUGAUUGCACUUUUGAUGACGCAACCAUAAACACAAAAUAUCCUUUCAUUUAUUCUACGAUACUAUUUGUUGUGUAUAUUACGGUAUUUUUGCUACUAACUUCAUUAUAUUCUCUUGUGAUUGUCUCUCUUCGAAAACAAGCGAAAAAACAAAGAAGUAAAAAUCUUGGUGAAAGACUCGAUAAAACAAACCCAAGAAUUACGAAGCUUAUGAUUGCAAUCACGGCGGCAUUUAUAUUGUGUUAUUUACCAGACUGCGUCAUGGAUGCUGUGUCUACUUUCAAGAGAGGAACUAUUUUCCCGCCGAGUCGCUUUGUUUUGGGAACACUUCCGCUUUUAGCCAGAGCAUUUUUCAUCAACAAUGUCAUCAACCCCUUCAUAUAUUUGAUCGGGGAAUCGAAAUUCCGAGAUAUCGUAAAGCAGUCAUUAAGAUGGAUUUUCUGCACCAUCUGUUGCCGUACUCAAAAUAAAAUGAAGAGCUUCGCCAUGGAAGAGUAAUUAUCGUAACGGAAGUAAAAUCUAACGACAAUUUAAUGUAGAUAUAAAUGUAUAUUUGAGA